AUGAGAGGGCCGCUCGCAUCUACAGGAGGCUCUGGGAACGUCACCGUUCGGGAGGCCGACAUUGACUUCGCCCUCAUGGUGACAAACAGUUUUGUUCUGCUAAUCACCUCCGCUGUGGGAACAGCGGCGAACGUUUUUGUGAUCCUGGCGGUGUGUCACCAAAAGUCGCUGCAAACGUCCGUCAACGCGCUGGUGGUGAACCUUGCCGUCGUGGACUUUCUGCGCUGCACCGUCGACUGCCCGGUUCUGCUGCACGUCAUCGUGACCCUGCACCGUAGGGGCCAUGUGGACCGUCUGAUCUGUGAAACGCAAACGGCCUCCUUCUCCUUCAGCUGCUGCAUCCAGCUGUCGACGCUGGGCUGCAUAAGCGCAGAGAGAUACCAGGCGAUUGCGAAUCCCUUCAAAACAACUCAACGAAAACGACGGAUGAUGGCACUGAUUCCUCUUACGUGGCUCCUGGGAGUUUCGGCGGCUGCUGUUUGUCAGGUGUUCUUGAAAGACUCACCUGUGUACGUAAGAUGUAAAGAGGGCCACAGAGGAAUAUCCUCGACCUACGACACCGUUGGUCUCUACGUGCUGCUCCCUCUCUGGGUGUCCUGUUUCGGGGUGAUCACUGGCUUCUACGCUCGCAUUUUUGCUCUACUGAGAUCACACAAUCGCAAGAUAUUUGAUGAAGGCACUUCUGUUCCUUCAAAAGACUCAAAGGAGGACAAGCACACCCCUGCAGUGGAAAAUGGGCAAGACAAAUGUGAGAACAAGCAGAUCCUGAGUACAAGUGUUGUUGAACCAAGUCCAAUUGGUAAAAAUUCCCUCCUGACCUUGGAGGGCACCCCACAAAGCGCCUCCAUUAGUCCUGAAAGAAAAACCGAGUUUAAAAUUACAGUAGAGAUGAGUCACUUGGAGAAGGAACAACUCCACCCUCUUGCAGCGCAGGACGCACCGCAGACUGAGGAGAAAACGUUAAAAACGGAGCAAAUCAGUGCUGACAAAACAGAAACAAAAGCCUCUAAUCAGGAUACGCCUGCUGACAGAGAGACGCAGGAGAAGUCAAGAAGCCUUAACCGAGAAAAUCAGACCGGAGAAAGCCUGAAACCUGAAAGUCCGGUCAAAGAGAACAGCCUCCUUAUUGUACCAUCUACUCAAUCAGAGCUCCUUAAAUCCACUUCUGUCUUAUUGACUGGCCAGAAACAAGAAAACAAUAACACCGGAGGAGAGACACAGGCAGCGCCUACGCUAGAUCAAGAGCCUCCACUGCCUCCUGUCCAAAGUAAUGAAGCCGUAAACCAGGAGGUCCAAUUGGAGGGGGCUGUUUGCGUCAUGCCUUCGAAGGCCAGCAAGGAGAGAGUGAGGAAAAGGAAGGAAACUAAAAUGGCCAAACGCGCCGGGUAUAUCAUCAUAACCUUCCUUUUGUUCUGGCUGCCGCUGAUCACAACCAUCCUGGUGAAUUUUCUUGUCUACAAAAACAGAAAAAUGCAGACGCCAGUGAUUCAAGACAUGGAGAUCCUGUCAGUGUCUGUCUCCUGCAUCACAUCCCUGAGCGACCCGAUAAUAUACGCUGCAGUGAACCCGCAGUUUCGCUCAGAGUUUCACAAGUUAAGGAGCUGGGUUAAAUCCAGAUUCUGUAGGAAGUGA